UUGUGUCAACAGGAAGAGGAGACCGCGUCUUUCAUAUUUUCUCAUACCUUUUUAAAACACCCCUGAAGCACGUCUAUGUUGAUAAUGUGGAAGCGAGACGGGAAUCAACUAAAAAAACAAUUGGCUCAAUGGAAACCUUUCAGAGUCUUCCGGACAUCAACCCCCCACCCGUGAAGAAAGCAGGGUUCAAAGUUCACAGGAAGCUGGGGGGGCUGCCAUCUUUAGCUUACUGCUAGCGCUAGCAUCUGAACGUAAAGGGGGGUUGUUGCUAGCUAAUCGUUAACUGUUACCUAACCGACGGCUCGCCUCUGCUAGCUACCGUCCUUUCUCCCACCGUGGCCGCUCACGACCCUUCGCCGGUGGAUGAAUUCGGCAUGGAUAAAGUAGCGGAGCCGUCUUGGACUUCUUCGUACACCUACCAGGUGAGCAAGCACAGCGCCGAGAUGCUACACAACCUCAACGUCCAGAGGAAAGAUGGAGGCAGGUUCUGCGACGUGAUCCUGCGCGUCGGCGAGGAAAGCUUCCCCGCGCACAAGGCGGUGCUGGCGGCGUGUAGCGAGUACUUCGAGUCGGUCUUCGGCAGUGGGGGUGACGCCAGGGAGCUGGAGAUGCACACCAUCAGCCCGAAAGUUUUCAAAGACAUCUUGGACUUCGCGUACACGUCAAGGAUUGUGGUAAGGCUGGAAAGCUUCCCCGAAUUGAUGACAGCUGCCAAGUUUCUGUUGAUGCGCUCCGUCAUCGAGAUCUGCCAGGAGGUCAUCAAACAAUCCAAUGUACAAAUCCUCGUCCCCGCAUCAAGGGGAGGAAACGCCAGCCUCUUCCAGGCCGUUGGAUCCACGGAGCUGGGCUUCACGGUCGCCCAGCAGGAGGACUUGGUGAACGGGCUGCAGGUGAACGGGCAGAGCUUUGCUAACAAUGGACUUGUGGAUGGAGGUGGACUCCUGGAGGACGCCGCUGAGGGAUCGAUGCACAUCCUCCAGCAAGUCGAAGGUCUACCUGCUGUAACAACGGGAAGCUCCUUUCAUCACGGCACCAAGCGGGGAAGGGGGAGACCUAAGAAGGCAGGUGGGUCAGAAGAGCCUGUCCCCUUCAACCACAACACACAGAAAGACAUUGUCCUCUUCCCGUGCGGGGCUUGUGGCAAAGCUUUCACCGAAGCCUCCCGUCUGAAGAACCACGAAGCCCAACACGGAGCUACCAUCAGUGGCCGCUCAACGCCCGGUAACAUAGGGAUGCUGGGCCAGGAGAACGGGGAACAUUUCCCUGGGGACCUGACACUGGACAACGGUCGUAAGAGGGAGAGGACGCGGCGGCACGUCGGCUGUGACAUUUGCGGUAAAGUCUUUCGGGAUGUUUACCACCUAAACCGACACAAGCUGUCGCACUCCGGGGAAAAACCCUAUGCGUGUCAUGUGUGCGGACUGCGCUUCAAACGCAAAGACAGGAUGUCAUAUCAUGUGCGCUCCCACGACGGCUCGGUGGGAAAACCGUACGUGUGUCAAAGUUGCGGAAAAGGCUUUUCCAGACCAGACCACCUGAACGGGCAUAUCAAGCAAGUCCAUACAACAGAGAGACCCCACAAGUGCCAGAUUUGUAAUGCCUCUUUUGCAACAAGAGAUCGCCUCAGGUCACACCUCGCAUGUCACGAGGACAAAAUUCCGUGCAAAGUUUGCGGCAAGUUCCUCCGAGCGGCCUACAUGACGGACCACCUCAAGAAACACAGCGAAGGGACUCACAACUACUGCGGCAUUUGCAACAAAGGUUUCUCCACUGCCUCCUACCUUAAGGUGCAUACAAAGACGCAUCAUGGCUCUCCACUGCCCCCCUCAGCCACAUUGCACACCUUUCCUCAGCCAAGCGGGGAACUACAGAUGCACAAUGGCAUCCCUUACCACAUGGGACGCCAGUGCUCAGUGGAAGACGCCAGUCGACAGCUGGUACUCUCCUCACCCGAGACAGGGGCUCGCUUUCACGGACCUCCACUCCUCCCCCAGCCAUGCCCUCCAGCAUUGGGCCCGCAGCCCGAGCUGCUUGUAGGGAAGCCAGGCGGGGCUCCGUAUUUCUGGGAGUGUCGCUCUGGUGGGGUGCCCGCUUUCCCUGUCCACGGGCCUGCUGCAGAUGGGCAGGAAAACGCUGACAAGUGUCCUCAUCUGGAUUCUGAAGAAUCGGAUCCUUCAUUUGGGGAACUGUCCAACGGUGACGAACUGAAAUCUCCACACAAAACGGACAGGCCGGAGCUGGACGUGCCGUCUUUAGCCUGCAACGGAGCCUCUGCGGGGGGCCUCAGCUCUCCGCAGGGUCCCAAAGCCAAGACGGACCCCGAGAAGAAGUUCACCUGCGCCAUUUGCGGCCAGGCCUUCCGCACCAGGUCCUACCUCAAGAAACACCAGCACAGAGUACACAAAACCCCCAGGGCUCAGGUGGGCUCGGCGUCCAGUUUAAGUGAGCUGACCCCCUUCUCGCCUCAGCAGAGCAUGUCUCUGCUGGAGUCCUUUGGCUUCCAGAUAGUCCAGUCGGCUUUUGCCUCGUCGCUGGUGGACGCAGAAGCGGGUCAAAGCGGAGUGGACUUUGGAGGGAAGUGAUGCGCUCAGUCUGCCAUGUUCCGUACAAAGCCAGGUCCCUCCGUCUUUGCCUCAAGACUACUUCUCUUGCUCAAUGUGUGUAUUUUUGCCAGACUGCCAUAUGAUUCCUACUUUUUCUACAUUUUGGAAAGUGCAUACACGCUGUUGUAAUUAUCUUUAUAAAGGCAAAAAAAGACAUGGCGCAUAGGAUGAGACGUUAGUUGUUUUUGUUAUUGUUUAAUGGGCUUUCACAUGUUUCUGCACAUGUGAUGACUCAACGGAUGCAUCCGAGUACUGUUGUGUUAUCGUCUUGGCCUUCAGAACAAUGGGCAGGGCUUGAUUGUUUGUUUAUUUAUGAUGUCCUCUUUCACCGACAGGACGCUGUAAAUGUGUCCAAUGCAAGCAAACACAAAAUCUCAGCAUGUUUCACCUUUGCUUGGGUCAUGAAAGAAGUGCAAGCAACCGACAGAAGACGAAAGUUAAAGGCACUUUUUUUUUCUUUUUCUUUUACUUUUCAAGCACAUUCUCCAGACAUGCUUGUCAGAAUCUUAAAUGUAGGCAUCGCUGUUCCCUAAACGACGACAGUGUUCCCCAUUCUUUGUGCUCCAUCCAUGCGUGUUCCUUUAUCGAGGACCAAGGUCAGCUAGAUGAUCAGUAUAUAUAUUUUAUGAAAUGUAAAUUCUAUUUUAUUAACUUAUUUAUGCCCCUGCUUUUUGGGUGCACUUUUUUGUUUGUUUGUCAAGUUUUUGUCAAUUUUGAAGCUCUUGUUCUAAGUUAUGUUAGAUGGGACGUGAGCGUGUGCACGUAGUUGCGCACCUUUCACACAGAAAUACCAUAAAAUCUGCUCCAUAACAGUUGAUCUGGCAUUUAAUCACCUGUGCCUUUUUAUACAGAACACAGCCAAGCAAGUCAGUAGAAUUACCCAUUUGACAGAAACUGUGCCGCAACAGCACAAAGUCGACUGGGCAAUUUUCCGCCUUUGAGGGUAGUAACAGAGGCGGGAUGGUGCCAGAAAGGGUGGGACAAGGGUUAGACUCUCCCGCACCAGAUGCUGUCAUUACGGCAAUAUCCCGCUGUGCCGGGUUCUGUCAGAUCUGCUGUAAUGGCUGUUUUGCGGCAUGUCUGCGUGAAAGGGGAGGUAAUGGCGGUAAUGUAAACAAAAAGGAUGUGAUCCAAAGGACCAAUCAUAGACACAAGUUAGCCAUCUGUGUGACAUUCUCUUGAAGGUAAAAUGAGCGUUUUCUACUGUGUUGUUUCAUGGAAACUCGCAGGAUACAAUUUUGGAAGUAUUUGUUGACAAAAUCCGACCUCCUGCUUAGUUAGAAAGGAUGACAAAGUGUUCCUGAUGCAACUCUGGAGUGUUUCCUCUUUGAGAGUGUGUGCGUGUGUGUGUGUGCGCGCGCACGAUGUUGCUCUUGUUUUGAUUAGAGUUUCUAUAUUAUUUAUGCUUAUAUAGUGAAUUGUAACAAGUGUAUAUACCAUCUCAUAAAUAUAUCUAAAUAUUGAAGCAGUGUGUCACUGGUGGAUGUGUACAUAAACAAUGCAUUUUGUUGUUCUUGUCUGUUGUGUUAGAGGCUUCUUGAGUUAUGUUCUUUUUGCUGUUUUGUGUGACUCCAUUAAGGCUUGUGUUGUUAUUGGAGGGCAAAGUGAAAGAUGCUUCACUCACAUUGGUACUCAAAUGUAAAAGAUGUAUUUUUUAUUCUUUGGCUUUCUGCUUUUGGUCUGUUGCAAAGUGCCUUCCAAAUACUGACUGUGCACAUCAGUGGAUUCAAACGUCGUCUUUGGGAGAAUUGUACCGUGACUUGCAAUGAAACAUUCCUUUUUUUAAUUAUUUAAAUUUUACAGAAUACAUAUACAGAAAAUGUACAGUACCUCUUCAAUACACACGCAUACACAAAGCUUUUAAAACAUGUGAGCUACAUGUUUUGUUCUUUGGACAUAUUUCAGUAUAAGCAUACUUUUCUACAGUAUAGAUCUUUGUUUUUGUACUCUGUUACUGAGUCUCUCUUGUUGCCACAGAGAUGACAAGCCAAUAAAAUGCAAUGGAAAAAAGACAUUGGCUUUUUAUUUUGAAUUUACAUUAAAACACUAAACUAUUUCAUCUUAAUAUUUUAAGCACCUUUUUAGUUUGCAGUCAUGCAUUACACAUUAUACUUGUUUAUACUUAUUAUAUUAUACUUAUUAUAUAAGUGAAUGCAACAACACUAGUUUUUUAGUAUCAUGACCUCAAAAAACACCACCCAAACGUAAAAGUAAUAAUAAUAAAAUAAAAAAACUAUACCUUCAACGUAUGAAAUGUGCAUUAUCUUUCAAAUCAGCGCUCAGUUACAUGUUUUUAAUUGUCCGUAUGUGUUAUAAGGAACACACCACACCCGUGCGUCUACCACUGCAUGAAUAAAACUAACACCUGUAAAUCAAUAGGAGUAUUCUGCGAAGCUGGUCUAGUAGGUUAGCGAGCUGUGUUGAGUGGAAAGCCGGACGUGCGUGUUCAGCGAAGGUAGCUCUCUUUUAAAGCAGCUGUAUCGCCAUGGUAACUUAGGCUAAGCUCAUAGCCUGGUCUGGUCCAGGGUAUAUCCAGGCUUUCAUCUUAAAAUGGGCUCAUUUAUUGAGGACUGACGAGGUUCCCGAGGGGACAUGAAAAAAAUAAAAUAAAAAAGAGCAUUCCCUGAUGAUAUUAUCCAUCUAUAAGCGAGAUAGACUUUCAGCCGAGGGAAUACGCAAGAUAUGCUCACGCGAGCACCAGAAAUAAAAUGCAAUAUGAAAUAUUGAUAAUUAAUGUUAGCAGAUGUAAAUGUCACAGGGGUUCUUGCGUGAGUACUCAGCCCGUUAGUCUUCUUAUAUUACAUUAUUUGCUGGAGAAUAAACACGGAGGCACCAAUCAACUGCAUUAAAACACUUGUUUUAUUAUAAAAAAGGAAAAACAUGUAAAAAGUCGCCACAAAACACGUCACACGCAAAACACUGCCAUCUAGUGGUCACAACGCGAUACAGCAGAGAAAAAUAUUCCGGAAACUAUAACAUCCAAAAUUAAGUUGUUGCUCCAAUGUAUUUAUUUUUUAAUUGGAUAAGUGUUAAUAUGUCAAAGUUGUGCAAUGUUGAGCGUUGACAAAUGGAAAGACUAGUAGGGUAUAGGUUUUUAUUAUAAUCAGCGUUAACUUGCGCAUUCACAGGCUGCAUGCUGGCAUGCCAGCUGUCGUCCCUCGCUGUAUUGGCGGCGACAGUCUCGCUCUUAGCGGUCAUAAUCUUUUGGGAACUCCUCAUAACGCUCCAUAAUAAUUACUUACUAAUUUCUUGUAAAAUACACUGGCUGGCAAGUAGAAGCAAAAUCAUAUGACGUUAAACGCCCCCUUUCCUGUGAGCGCGCACUUAGCGAGCCCAAAACCGGACUUGACAAAGCAAGUUGGCAACCACCGUCAUGGGACCAAUUAAGUCUCAUUGCUUAUACCCCCAAUAACUUCAUGUCCAGUUGUUAAACAAGGUUUAAAAACAUGAGAUAGUGUCGCUCAUUUCUUAUGACACCAACCAAAAAUCUCACUUUUACUAGCCCACACACUGAGUUUUUGAAAAUCUCCACUCUGGCUGAAGUCGUGGCCAAUUACGCAAAUUAGUUGAUGAUGUAUUCUAGCCCCUCCCCUUGCACCCCAAGUCCACAUAUAGAUUGCAGUAUUGUGUUCAAGAAUGGAGUGAGAUGUGUUUUUCGGAGAGGAAAAGCAUGGAUGGGUUUUCCCACAUAUGAAAGAUUUGGAAUGCUGACUCAUGAAUAUGUGGGGAUCCACUGUAACGACAUACAUGAUUCCAGAAACAAGUCAAUAAAUACUUGGUCGGAUGUUACAACUUAGUGGCCAGUUCAAUGUCUCUGUUCUUGUAAUUGAGUUUGUUGAAGUCCUCCAUAAUUUCCACCAUUGUCUUGCCUUUGGUCUCUGGCACCAAGCAGAUGAGGAAGGCCGAACUAAAGAGGCAAUAGACCACAAAGAUCAGGAAGCAGUAUUGGCCCAGUCCCUCCUGCAUGGACACAGUGCAAAGCAAUGUAACACCAGCGUGGUGACUUGUAGAACGAAGACAGUGAUACGAUGGUCUCACCACCACGUAGCUGAAACACAUGCCCACGAGGAACAAGCUGAGCCAGUUGACGGUGCCGCUGAUGACGAAAGCGGCGGGACGCCAUGCUUGCAGGAAGAGGUCAGAGGGAAGAGCCAUAGUCACUCCAGCUGGGGAGAACAAAUGCAUAUUUACAUAUUACCAUGCACUUCAAUUAAAAAGAGGGUGUUCAUAUUUGUGGAGCAGAACUUACAGGGCCCAAAUCCAUACAUGCAGAUGACACAAAAAAUCAAGGCGAUGUUCAAAUACGGGAUCCAUGAAUACAUAUCCUGCAAAAGAACACUUGGCAUGCUAACAUAUAACAGGGUAGAAACUACAGUUGAAAAUGUUCUAAGCCUCUUCAUACAGUAUAUCUACUGUAGUACUUGGCUGUAUCGUGUAACGAGGUCAAGGUGGGAGAGAAGAUACCUUGAUGGACAGCAUGGCAGUAAGAAGAGCCAUGGUGACCCCCAUCAUUAAAUAGCCAUAGCCCAUCAGCUUUUUCCGGCCAGCACGGUCUAUUAUGAAGCACUGAAGCACAGCCAGGAGGAAGGCAGUUAUAAAGCAUCAUGCAUGGUCUUAUACUGUAUACAGAUACAGUAUAACUUGCUUCUUCCUGCAAACAUACUGUACAUACUGUAGCACAUUGUGUUUAAAUGGCAUAUAAGAUUAGACAGAGAUAUGAUUGGACACGUCAGUGUGUGAAUGACUACACAAUAUUUACUUCCCUGCCUUUCUCUCCCCUUAAAUAUGUUUGUUUUAAUGUAGAUUUUUUUUCUACAUCAUCAAUAUGUGGCUUGUCACUCAUUUUCUUUUCAUUUUCUGUUAUUUUCCAUAUCCUUUGGUAGGAAUUUUCUCUUUAAAUUUACAUCUUUUUUAACAUGAUACAUUUGUGGAUUUUUUUUACAGUUUGUAAUUUGCUUU